UCUCUCUCUCUCUCUCUCUCCUUUCCCCGCUGGCUAUCUCUUCCGCCGUCUUUUUUCCCCCCCUAGCUAUUCCCCUACCUGUGUGUCUCCGUCUCUCUUUCUCUCUUUCCCCCUACUGUCUCUAUCUAUCCGUCUAUCCUCUUCGACAUCACCUCACGCAGCAGUGCCGUGUUGUAGUGUCGUGUCAUCCCGCGGUACGUCAACGAUCCUCCUGGACUGAAGGCAAGGAUCGGCCGGGUCGAGAGUACGCUCUGCGAUUACCGAGACCGGUCGAUCGCCGAUCCGCAACAGGGUAAAGAAAGUGAACCCGUGGUUCACCGCAAAGGUGAAGGGAGUGAUAACUCGAUGGAACGUGCAUUCUUUUGACAAUUGGAAGUUUGCGAACGAGUGACCUGUUGAAAUAUUCGCAUGCGAAAAGUCUGGAUCGAUCGAGAAGGAAGCGAGAUUUUAUAUCGGUGGAAUUUGUUAUAUUAAUCAAUCUCGAAAGCGAGUGCGAAGCUUGUCCGUUAAAAACGAGUUGGUAGACUGAGAAUCUGAUGUUGUAUCGUAUCAGCAAUUUUCAAUAUUCGCGCGAAUGCUAAUAUCGUUUAAUGAUUGCACUUCGAGUGAAAAGGGUAAGAGAAUAAGAGUCGUCUGAUGAUAAUCCGAGACUCGACUUGUGAUUCGAGGUGAUCCGCGCGAUCCUGAAGACAGCUAUUAUCCGUCGAGCGGCGAGCUGCGCUAAGGAAGGGGACAUUCGGUGAAGGUGUCAAACGUCGACGGCACCUCAUUGACAUUUCCGUGACAUUUAGUGCGCGAUUCGAGUCGAGUGUCAGACACCUUUUCGUGUAACACGCGUGUCGCUCGCUGUUACAUGCCAGCGAAAGCUGGGACAGUGCUCGCGGGAAGUGCGUUAAUAAUGGUCGUAGGAAAACGGCGCGGCGAAGAAAGACGCGGCUGUGCGGCAGAAAGGAAGUGAAACGGGCUCAGGGCUAGGCCUGAAGUCGGAUGACGCGUCCUCCGUGCCUUAUCAACGGCGCAACCGGAGCACGGUGAUGGUGAGGACUCAUCCAGCGACUUAUCUCUGUCUCUCGGAAUCCUUUAUUUGCACGUGCACGGCGUCGCGAUAUCGACGAAUGUCGUCUUGACCCGCGUUCUCGCAGGGAACGCCGUCUCUCCGAGUGUCUUGCUGCGAGCAAACACCGGAAAGAGAUUUUCGAGCUUCGAGCCUACCUGAAAGAGUAGAGUUUCGGUCGCGAAGCAACAGGUGGUUCUUUGCCUGAAGAGCAAACGGACAAGGUUCGCCUGCGAUUCUCGACAGGCAGAACCGGAGAUUCUUCGCUUGGUUGGAGGUCGACGCUGGUAGCCAAACUGGACAUUCUCACCGCCACGUCGGGAAGAACGGGGUGGAGAUGUCCGCGGGUCGCUGAGAGAAUGAGGGAGCUGGACACCGAGAGUCCUGUCGUCUGGCCGGCCUGGUGUUAUACUGGUGAGGUGUCGGGCGAGAACGUCUCCGCGGGCACGGGACCACGUGGCGGCGAUCGUGGAGAGGCGGCUGAUUUAGGUACGCACACGGAAAACAGCGACGGGGCCACCCUGGCAGCGAACACAGCGGUCGACGCCAGGGGGGGAAGCCCUCAGGGCGCCCAUCUGUCCGGUGCGGCAACCCCCAGACCUCCGCGGGGUAGAAGGCGGCAGAACCAAAAUGGUCUUGACACUACUCAAGUUAAAACGGAACGACUCACGCCUGAUAAUAACUCGACGUCGUCGAGGAGCGUGACGCCUUCUUCGUCGAGUCACCCCGGGACGCCACCAAAUGCUACGCCCUUGGGAGGACCCGAGGGUCCACCACCACCCCAUCAUCUCAAGCACAUGGAACAGAUGAUGGGGCGAAACUAUAGUGAUUUCAUGAGAAGUCUCGCCGCCAAAUACAACAACGCCAAUCCUAACGAUUACUUUAGCACGCCAAGAAACGGUUAUCCUCCGGGUUUAGACCCGAGGUUUCCGGCCUUCAAGACCGCAGCAACGCCGUUCGUCGGUCUGAUGGCGCCAUUAGGGGCUCCGCAAUCGUCGACUGUCCCAACGACCUCACCGCUCUCCAACAAAGAUCCAAAGGAGCAAAAGCAGGAUAGCCUCUUCGGCAACCCCGUGUUUCCGCCUAUGAUUGAUAUGUCAUCCACCCAAGCUCUUUUGCACAUGGUGCGAACUGCCAAUGCGGCCCAAAGCGCUGCAGAAUUGGAGACAUAUCUUAAAGGCGCAAAUAAAAGAGAUGCGGGGGUGACUAGUCCCUUGGAUCUUUCGAGUCCCGGCGGCUUUGCACCUCGCAAACGGCAAAGGCCGGAAACAAGGAGAUCGGAAAGCGUGUCUCCUAAACCGAAACCCAUCGCGAGACCAACCACACCUCCGCCGGUCAGAUGUCCGACUCUUUAUGGUCACAUACCUUGUGGCGACGGGCAAGCUGUGAAUCGCUGGACCAUCGAGGACGUUGUUAAUUAUGUCUCGUCGAUUGAUAUUUGCGCCGAGUAUGCACAGAAUUUCCGAGAGCAUCGUAUAGACGGCGCGGCGCUCCCACUACUCUCGGAAAAUCAUCUGACGGGCACGAUGGGCAUGAAGCUCGGUCCAGCCUUGAAGCUGCGCGUGAUGUUGGCUCGGAAACUCGGUGCCUGCACGGUAUGUCUGCACUGUGCCCACUGUCACCAAACGCCGUUACCGGCGUUGAACGCGGCGGCCGCGGCCGCGGCGGUGACGCAACAGCAGCAGCAGCAACAGCAGCAGCAGCAACAGCAGCAACCGCAACAACAACAGACACCGGGUCGCCGACCCAGCAGCACCGGGAACUGACAAACAAUGGCGGAGACUCCCCUAUUGGGGUCCGAGAUAGCAAUGGCCAGCGUGACCUCGGCAUCGCCGUCUCCGGACCCGAACCGGGCCCUCAGGAUAGAACGGCGCGUACCCCGUCCGGUACGCAAGCCGGAAGUCGUCUUCAAAAAGCCGAUCAAGCAAUGACACACGAACGAUGUGUGCAAUCGAAAGAAGACGAUUUCGUAUAUCAGGAAGUACGGAGACUCCGCCUAUUGUCAGUAAUUAAAUACCCGGAAGGACUUUUAGAGAUAGAAACUCAGACUGUGAGUUUUAGAAUUGAGACUAGACUAGAGAAAUAAAAAGAGAAAAGAGGGGGGGGGAGACAGGAAGACUUUGGUUAAUGCUAUAGCGCAAUGGAAUAUACAGAGCAUUUGAAUGUUGAGAAUAAAGAUGUUUUUGAACGUUUCGUCGUUUAUCAGGAUAAGUUAAAGCCUAAACCGUAGAGACCUGAAGGAUUAUAGUUUAAUGAAACUGUAAAAGCUUUGUAAUGAUAAAUUACUAGAACUUAAACGCAGCCUGGCGAAGAUAUGUUAAUUAAUUGUUCGAUAAUUCUGAAAGUAAAAGAGUUGAGACGAAUUUAACUUUGGCUAUUCCCUGAACGAGUAAUAUUAGAUAUACAGAGAAAUAUUUUUGAAAAUUCUAUAUGUAUAGGAACGAUAGAACGAAACUGUUGACUAAUUAAUGAGAAAAGAUGAUUGAAGAGAUUUAUCUGAAAUCACAACAUAGUUUACAUAAAAAUAGAUAUCUAUGUAUCUACCGUACGACAAUUGAAGUUAGCAAAAUAAUAAUUAUAUUUCUGAAUUCAAAUAUAUUUGAAGAUAUAUUUAAUCAGGAAAGCUAUACUCCGAAGAACUUAUUGAAUAUAGUGAACUAUAUUUCAGUGGAUAUAUACAGGAUAAUUUGACAAACAAAUUUUUAUUUGUAUCUAGAUUAUAAUAAAUUCAAGAGAAGUCAUAAUUAUGACUAUAAAGUAAAUAUUUAUUUUCUGAUACUAAUUUGAUACUUAAAUAACAAAAGCUGUAAAAAUAACAUUCACACAUAAAUAAAAAUACAAUGACAUAAUUUUAUGUCGAUAUUUGUAAAAAUAGAUAAUUUUAAAACCUAUGUGAUCUCUAUCAUAUGGAUUCAGUACUUAAAUAGUAUAUUUUAUACUAUGAGCAAUAAGAAAUUUAAGAAUGCUUGCAUGCGCGCAUGCGUAACGUGUCAUGUUUGCAUCGCGUAAUAUAGAAUUAUCUUUUCGAUCUUGUCUUGCGAUGACAAAUAUAUAAAAAUAUAUUUUCGUUUAAAAAUUAUCUGUUUAAAUAUUUUAUCAAAUUAAACUUUUACGAGCCAAGUUUGUAAAUAAACGGAUUUUAUUUAAUACAUACUGUUUAUUUUUUCUAUUAACAUAUUUGAAAAGUUUUGGAAAAUUUAAAAUAAAUUAAUAAGCAGGACAUUUAAUUUUGUUAUCGAAAAAUGCAUCAAGAUACUCUCAAGAUUUUAUUUAAUUUCAUUAAAUUGAAAUUUAUGCAUUUGAUGUUUUCCUUCGAAGUAUGAGAAGCGAAACAAAAUUUUAUUUAAUAAUUAAUCAAACGAGUGCCUAUCAUUCUAAAGUCUUCCAAGGCAUCGAGAUGUUCGGAUUAAUUUCCGAUGUGCGAUGGGACAUUACAUAUUACUGUCGAUUACUUGAGAUCAUCUUGGUCGUCGAUCAAUAACUUCCUCGACUGGCCGAAGUCGUAUCUCUGUGUGACGUAUCGAAAAAUCGACAAAACGAAAAAAAUCACUAACGUGAUGUCGAAAAGAGAAAGAGGGAGAUAAAAGAGGAGAAAUGAGUGAAAAAUAUGCGUAUAUGUACAUAAUGUCGGAAACGAAUGCAAUUGCGAAUGACGUGCGAGUGUGUGUGAUGCGAAUGUAAGUAUAUAGAUAUAUUAAAAGAAUACGAUUUAUAUAUACAUAAUCAGCGAGAAGAAUUAUGUGCAAUAACAAUAAAUAUACGUUUCGACGCGAUAACUUUUAACUACCGUAGGAGAUACGUAUUUGCUCAAAUCGUUGUUUCUUUUAUAUAUUUUAACGAAGUUUUUUAUAUGAAUGAGAAUUAUUACGAUUAAAUAUACUAAAUUAUAUUUUUGCUAAUGUUCUAUGUGCAAGAAUAAAAUCUACGUGCGAGCACACACAUACACGAAAGUACACACACACACACAGCCACAGAAUACAACGACACGCGCGAUACACGGACAACGACAGUUUUGCGCGCGACGGACCCGUGUAGCUCUUAAGGAAUUGUACAUUAGCGCCCGUUCUACUUUAAUCCCCUUUAAUCUCCGGAGGUUCACGCAACGUCAAACGUUUAUUUAUUUAGAGAUGUAGUGCCCGUUUUGCCUUAUUGUAUUCACGUAACGAUUAAGACGUAAAUGGUAGUAGGGCGAACUGCUAAAUUGCGCUUACGCUUACAUACCAAUCACGCGGGAGUGAGUGUACGUGGAGAACAAAGUGGAAAAUCGGAUUCAUAAGACGAGCAGUAUUUUUAGAUUUACACACAUACACACGUACACGUUACAUUAGUCUGAAUUUAUUAUGUCAGACCAUAUAAAUUUAUGACACAUUUAUGUACACAUAUACACAUAACACGUGUACAUGGCUAAACAGCAUGUUUUUAUACGUGCGUCCGCGCUCCCGAGUUUGUAAAUAUUUCGUCGAGAACAAAGAGAAAAUGGGACAAAAAGUCUUAGAAAUGGUUCGAAAUUUAUCCAAUCUGUAUUCCAUUUCGUCCAGUGAACGCGCGAGCAGAAAUGGCGGUGAAAGAAGGAAAUUCCUUCUUUCCUUAUUUCCUGUUGCCGAUCACAUAAAAAUCCGUUACUAACCGCAAUACAGAAUUACCAAUGGUAAUUAGACACUGUAAUCAUAUGCGAUAUUACACUUGCUUCUACCGUCUUACGCAGAGGUUUUGUGUUUACAUGCCUAUUAUUUGUAAUUAGAAAUACGACAUUCGACAUACAUAUGUACAUAUGAUUACGUAAAAAAAUGCUUUUUUCAGUUCGAUAUGUCUAAUAUGCGCGAUACUCUCAUUUGAUAAAUUUUUUUAUCUCACAUAAACGGACGUCAUCUUUUGUCGUAUGACAAACUCGGGCGCGCUAACACUAACCAAGUUAGCGGCUUUUACUUAAACAAGACCAUUGUACAUAACGCUUAAGCAUUUAUUUAUGUUGUGCUUCUACAAAUGCCCCGUAGUAUUUUAUUUAGUAUUUUAGUCGCGAGACCUUACUCUGUUAACGCGUAACUACGAGCGUUACGUACUAAUUAUUUCAUGCAUGUCCGUUUAACGAGAGAAAAAAAAGAAAACGGACGGAAGAAACGAGAUAGAGCGGUAAAUAUGGUGACAGAUUCUUUCAGCGAAGGAAUAACUUAAUCGCACAUAUACGAAUUAGCUAGAGAAAGAGAGAGAGAGAGAGAGAGAGAGAGAGAGAGA